AUGUCUCAAGAAUUUCAAGCACUACAAACGCAAGCCCUGCACUUCAACUGGCCAAUUCAUCAGCUCGAUGUUUCCAACGCCUUUCUGCACGGUAAACUUUCGGACACCGUUUAUAUGCAACAACCUCAAGGAUUUCAAGAUGCUCUUCAUCCCAACUACGUCUGCAAGCUCAAUAAGGCGCUCUAUGGCCUCAAACAAUCUCCACGGGAAUGGUACGCUACUUUAUCCACUCACCUUCAAUCCUUUGGGUUUACUAUAAGCUCGGCUGACCCCUCUCUUCUUACCUACAAAUCAAAAUCAACUCGGCUCUACAUCCUAAUCUACGUCGACGACAUACUUCUCACCGGAAACUCAUCUACCGAAAUUGAUCGUCUUCUUACAAGUUUACACAAGAAAUUCCAGAUGCGCAAUCUAGGUACUCUUGCCCACUUCCUAGGAAUACAGACCGUGCACACCAACUAUGGAAUUCUUCUUCAUCAGCAACAGUAUGCCCACCGCAUAUUGGCCAAAGCCGGAAUGCAGAAUGCUAAGCCGGUUGCCAAUCCUUCAUCCGGAAAAUCCUCUCUAAACAGCAAUCCAACCAACAAAUUCGCAAAUCCUCACCUUUACUGUCAACUAAUUGGAUCGUUACAGUACCUUACCCUUACCCGUCCGGACAUACAAUAUGCCGUUCAUCAACUCAGCCAAGCAAUGCACCAGCCGCUAAACAGCAACUUCAAUGCUCUAACCCAUCUACUCAGGUAUAUUCAAGGUACAACCGACCAUGGUCUUCCUCUUUAUCGCGAUGAGCUAACCUUGCAGGGAUACUCGGAUGCCGACUGGGCAAACAACAUUCAAGACCGGAAAUCAAUAUCUGGGUACUGCAACUUUCUAGGCAAAUCACUGAUUUCCUGGCGAGUCAAAAAACAGGCAACGGUUGCCCGCUCCUCCACCGAAGCCGAGUAUCGCGCAUUGGCUGCUGAAGCCGCUGAAGUGCUAUGGCUUCGUCAACUUCUUGAAGAACUUCACAUUCCACAACCGGAUCCAACCACCGUAUACUGCGACAACACCUCCGCUAUCGCUCUAUCCAACAACCCGAUCUAUCACGCUCGGACCAAGCAUAUCGAUGUCGACUGCCACUUCAUCCGUGAUAGCAUCAAGUCCAAGCAUCUCACCGUUCAUCACAUCUCAACCAACGAUCAACUAGCCGACAUCUUCACUAAGCCUCUACCCACACGGCGAUUUAAACUUCUAUGCAACAAACUGAUCGUCGCUCCCCCUCCAUCAGCUUGA